GCCGGGAGCUUCUGCUUUUGCGCACGUUCAUCGUAAAGAGAUGGAGUUGUGGGGUUUGAGACAUGCAGUGGCGAUAGUGGCGGCGUGUUUACUAUUGACAUGCAGAGGAACCGAAGGGAUAAGGUUUUGGUUGGAGAAAGAAGAGUGCUUCUCCCACGAUGUCAAGUACGAGGGGGACAUUGUUCAUGUCUCUUUCGUCGUCAUUAAGCGCGAUUCGCGCUGGCCUCAAACCUUCGGCGGUCUCGAUGUCGAUCUCGUCGUAAAGGGACCGAGUGGCGAGCAGAUUCGUGAUUUUCGUGAUUGGACAGGCGAGAAAUUUCAUUUUGUGGCUCCAAAUAAAGGGGUUUAUCGUUUCUGUUUCACUAAUAGGUCUCCCUACCAUGAAACCAUUGACUUUGAUGUACAUGUUGGUCACUUCGCACUCUCUGAUGAGCAUGCAAAAGAUGCUCAUUUGACCCCCUUGCUGGAACAUAUAGCAAAGUUGGAUGAAGCCAUUAACGAUAUAUAUUUUGAACAGCAUUGGUUACAAGCUCAGACUGACCGCCAGGCAAUAGUUAAUGAUGAAAUGAGCCAGAGAGCAGUCCAUAAGGCAAUACUUGAAUCAGCAGCACUCGUUGGAGCUAGCGUCCUCCAAGUCUACCUUUUGAAAUGCUUAUUUAAUCGGAAACUUGGGACAUCUAUGGGUUAA